CUUUGUGCAAUUCAAUUUUCAAACUUUCAAACUGUUUUAUCACACCUCAAAAGCAACCACAAUCCUGAUCUAUCAACAGUUUCUCAAACACCACUUGACCGGUCGUCAGCACCUUCAAACGCCUCUUCCUCUCUUGCAUUCCCGCGCCGGCGAGACGAAUGUCCUGAAGUCCAUCACUUCGCAACAAUGGCGUCAACUGACACUACGAACUUCGAUCUCAGAUCCAGCUUCGGAGCUAGUGAGUACACAUUUGCUGAUGUUGAUAAUUUGGAUCAUUGUGCGAAGUAUUUGAAUCAGACUCUAGUCACAUUUGGAUUUCCUGCUUCUCUGGAUCUGUUUGCAACUGAUCCGGUUUCGAUUGCAAGAACUUGCAAUUGUUUAUACUCACUGUUGCAGCAGAGGCAACGUGAUAUAGAGUUUCGAGAAUCUACCAGUGAUCAGAGACAAAGACUUUCAUCUGAUAUAUCAAGACUAGAGGCCAAAGUAGAGAGACUGGAGUCGCAGUUGUCUGCUAAAGAUAGAGAAAUAGCAACAAUUACCCGCACUGAAGCUAAAGCAAAAGCAGGACUUAAGGGCCAAAUUGAGAAGUUGCAGCAAGAAAGAGAUGAAUUUCAAAGAAUGGUUAUUGGAAAUCAGCAAGUAAGAACUCAACAGAUACAUGAGAUGAAGAAAAAAGAAAAAGAGUACAUUAAGUUGCAGGAGCGACUUAAUCAAGUUAUGAUGGAGAAAAAGAAGGAAUCCAGAUCAGGCAUGGAAAUAAUGAACUUACUUCAGAAAGAAGGGAGACAACGUGGGACUUGGAAUGGGAAGAAAGCUGACAAUGAUUUCUAUAAAAAGAUUGUGGAUGCAUAUGAGGCAAAAAAUCAAGAGUUAGUUGCAGAGAAUGCUGAUCUGAGGGCAUUGUUACGAUCAAUGCAGGUGGAUAUGCGUGACUUCUUGAAUGCUCCAAAUGGUUCUUCUAAACAUCCUUCCCCUGUUAGGGAUGUGGACCCCACACAAUCCCCAUUAGGUGGGAGAACGGAUGUGUUUGACCUACCAUUUAAUAUGGGUAGAGAUCAAAUAGAAGCAUUUCUUCGAAACAAAGUGGCUUCAAUUAAGGAGCGAAUGGGUCAGCUACAAGAUGCACAAAAAGAAGCUGAAGUCACUUCUGAAGCAACUGAAAGAGAGCUCGAGUUAGAAGCUCAACUUGUUGAAGCAAGAAGUAUAAUCCAAGAACAGGCAUCUAUCAUGUCUAAGCACCUUGCAAAGUCUGAGAAACCAAGGAGGCUGAGUGGACUUAUAAAUUCUGAAAGGGAUUCCAUCAUAUCAUCAUCUGCUGACGGUGUAUGAGAAACGGUGUUAUGAAAACCUUGCGGUUGACUUUGACUUACUUUGCUGUUGUGUGACGUGUUAGCAAUCCUACCCUUUAUUCAUGUCAUCAGCCUCUUUGACAUUCAUUAUAUGUAUUAAGCUACUAGUAUUAGUAAAAUAGUAGAUAUGUUUAAAUAUGUGCCUACUUUAACAAUGAGAAGCCUUAAUUAGUCUUGAAUCAACG